UCUCCCAAAUUUGAUUAAAGGAAUAAAAGUUUAGUCUUUUCGGAAAUAAAUCAAGCACUUAGCGUACAUACGAACUGGAAGUGGCAGCGGUUCCGUAGAAGAGGAAAGGAAAGCCUCGAAAACAAAGAGCCACCUUUCCCAAAGUAUCCAUUCCAUAUGGAAGCGCUAAGAGCAACAUAUGGAGACGACGACUCAUCGGACUUCGACUCCGACCACUCCCCUACGCUGUCUCUUCCCGCCAAUUCCAAUCCCCAAUCCAAGGAGACGCUGUCGUCUCCUCUCCCUCCGCCUCCUGUUUCUCUCCUUCACCCUCCCAAUUCCCUUGGAUCUUUGGAUUACUUACAAACUGGUCAGCCUAGUAGAGUGAGAAGCUUCCCUCACGUCGAAGGCAACUAUGCUUUGCACGUUUACAUUCCAGUUUUUAUACCGUCUAUAUCAAAGAAAGAGAUGGGUCAAUUUUUGAAGAGAGUUUCAUCCGUGGUUUCCAAUCUCCAUGUUGUGGAUAUUGAUGUUCCAUUGAAUACACUGUGUAAAGAAGAACAUAAACUUGAACAAGUGGCAUUGGGAAGGGAAUUCCAUAUAAGUUUAGGAAGGACAGUUCCUAUUAGAGUUCACCAGAUUGACUCUAUUGUAACAAUGCUUCGCCAGAAACUUCAAUUUCAAAAGCGGUAUUGGAUUGAUUUUAACAAAUGGGAGGUUUUUAUCAAUGAUGAUCGAACGCGCACCUUUCUUUCACUCGAAGUCGUUACGGGAGGAUUACCCGAGAUAACUAAGCAAAUUCAGGCUGUUAACGAGGUUUACAAGCUUCACAAUCUUCCCGAGUUCUAUAAGGAUCCAAGGCCUCAUAUAUCAUUGGCUUGGGCACUAGGUGACGUUAGUGGUUCCCUUAAGAAAGUGGUCGAGCAGGAAACAAAGUCAUCCGUCUUUAGAGGUUCCUUACAGAGUCGUAUUUGUACAAGUAAAGUUGGUGGCAUUGAGUGUAAAAUUGGUAAUAGAACACAUAUAAUAUGUAAAUCUCCCGAUCAAUGAUAGAAUCUCUUCAAACUCUCAAGAUGCAGCGGUCUUAGUUUCUUUAUGUUACUUUAUCUUUUAUUUAUGAAAGUCCGGAUAUAGGAUUUGCUAUUAGGUCCUCAUGGAUCAUCAUAAACGUUUUCCCUCUGUAUGUUUGCUUAACAGGUGCUUUGCUUGUAAUCUUGACACUGUAAUCAUUACCCUUGUCUUACAAAAUAUCUUCCUUUUUGGUUUGCGACA